AACCCUUGAUCCGCAUUGCAUUACGCGUCGCAGGUCUCUGAUAAAAAGCGCCCAACAAAAGCGCCGUGAGAAACGAAGAGCGAUUUCUUCAAGCCCUAGAUCUGCUUCCUCUUCUCACUGCUCCUUCUCGCUCGCUCUGUCGGUGUCGUUUUUCCUUGGAUCUUCUUUCUCCGUUUCCCCAGGUUAAGGAUGGUUUCCGACGCGAGCAAGAAGAAAGCGGCUCAGAAGAAGGCGGCUGCAGCGGCUAAGCGAGGAGGAAAAGCAGCGGCGGCGGCCGCUUCUUCCAAGGCGGCAGCGGCUGAAUCGCAGAAUGGAGUUGAUAAGUUGGUGAAUGGUGUUGACGCUCUUCAGUUAUCUGAUCGGACUUGUACUGGUGUGCUUUGUUCACAUCCUCUCUCCAGGGACAUCCGAAUAGAAUCUUUAUCAGUUACCUUUCAUGGGCAUGACCUUAUUGUUGAUUCUGAGCUGGAGCUCAAUUAUGGCAGACGUUAUGGUUUGCUUGGAUUAAAUGGAUGUGGUAAAUCUACACUUCUUGCGGCAAUAGGUUGUCGAGAGCUUCCUAUUCCAGAACACAUGGAUAUAUAUCACCUUUCACGAGAGAUUGAAGCUUCUGACAUGUCUUCACUUGAGGCUGUUAUAAGUUGUGAUGAGGAGAGGUUGAAGUUGGAGAAGGAGGCAGAAUCCUUGGCUUCACAAGAUGAUGGAGGUGGGGAGCAGCUUGAUCGUAUCUAUGAACGUCUAGAAGCAUUAGACGCAGCAACUGCAGAAAAACGUGCUGCUGAAAUCCUUUAUGGUCUUGGGUUUAACAAGCAGAUGCAAGCGAAGAAAACACGGGACUUUUCUGGUGGUUGGAGGAUGAGGAUUGCCUUAGCUCGUGCCCUAUUCAUGAAUCCCACUGUCCUUCUACUGGAUGAACCAACUAAUCAUCUAGAUCUAGAGGCUUGUGUCUGGCUAGAAGAAAAUUUGAAGAAGUUUGACCGGAUCCUGGUUGUGGUUUCACAUUCCCAGGACUUUCUUAAUGGUGUUUGCACAAACAUUAUCCAUAUGCAGAACAGGAAGUUAAAGAUCUAUACGGGUAACUAUGAUCAGUAUGUUCAAACCCGUUCUGAACUGGAAGAGAAUCAGAUGAAAAUGUAUAAGUGGGAGCAGGAUCAGAUUGCUUCCAUGAAAGAGUAUAUUGCCAGAUUUGGGCAUGGGUCAGCAAAAUUAGCUCGGCAGGCGCAGAGUAAGGAGAAGACAUUGGCAAAAAUGGAGAGGGGUGGGCUUACUGAGAAGGUGGUGAGAGACAAGGUUCUUGUGUUUCGCUUUGUUGAUGUUGGAAAGCUUCCUCCUCCGGUUCUCCAGUUUGUGGAAGUAACGUUUGGCUAUACCCCUGAAAACCUCAUCUAUAAGAAUCUUGACUUUGGAGUUGAUUUGGACUCUCGGAUAGCUUUGGUUGGACCCAAUGGUGCUGGAAAGAGUACCCUGUUGAAGCUGAUGACAGGGGACCUGGUUCCUCUAGAUGGCAUGGUCCGACGGCAUAAUCAUCUUAGAAUUGCUCAGUUUCAUCAACAUUUAGCUGAGAAAUUAGACUUGGAACUGUCUGCUCUCCAGUUUAUGAUAAGAGAGUACCCAGGAAAUGAAGAAGAGAAGAUGAGAGGAGCUAUUGGGAAGUUUGGGCUCUCCGGUAAAGCUCAAGUGAUGCCGAUGAAGAAUUUGUCUGAUGGGCAGAGGAGCCGUGUUAUAUUUGCCUGGUUAGCAUGGAGACAACCGCACUUAUUAUUGCUUGAUGAGCCCACAAAUCAUUUGGAUAUCGAGACUAUUGAUUCAUUGGCGGAGGCACUGAAUGAGUGGGAUGGUGGUUUGGUUCUUGUAAGCCAUGACUUUAGGCUUAUAAACCAAGUGGCCCAGGAGAUAUGGGUGUGCGAGAAUCAAGCUGUAACCAAGUGGGAGGGUGACAUUAUGGACUUCAAGGCACACUUGAAGAUGAAGGCUGGGUUAGCUGAUUAAAGCUGUAAAAUCGUGAGUUUACUAAAAUCUCUAUAUACCGUAGACCGUGGCUUGAUCGUGUUGUGUCAUAUGUGCAUCAGCUCGGCCAGCUUGUGCGUAAUGUGGCCACACAACUAGCCGAAGGUCUUGAACACUGAUGGGGCUUGGUUAUUGUUUCGAGCCAGCAAUUUUAAUGGGCGUAGUAGGUAAUGUUUUUUGUUUAAUCAUUCAUGUACCCCUAUAUCUUUUAGUUGGUUAUUUAACCAACUAGAUAGAGCCAUAUAUGAUGUCUAAUAUUUAUGUUUUAGACAGACACCAAGCGACUACGAACAGAAAAAUCUUAUAUUUUUGGUUUUGUUUCUUAUUUGUGCCCAAUUUGAUUUGAUUCACCGAGCUUACCCAAGUAAUGUAGCAAAAAAGCGAGCUUAUAAUCAAUAAUAUGUUGAGAUUUUUGCCA